AUGGAGACGCUACAUCACGGCCCCAUAAUGACCAUCCCCGUUGGUCUCAUGCCAUCCGUCAUGGCCAUUCCAUCCUUAGCGACCAUCCCCGGCUCAGCAGCGCCUACACCGUCACCCCAUGGAUCUGGUGAGGUCCCUACGCUGAAAGAUUCUCCGUCACCCGUGGAUCCACCAGAAGUAGAAGAAUUCAUGUCUGCUUCUUCUUCCUUCGCCCCAUCAUUCAUUAGUCCGGCUGGGUCCCACAUCCCACUUCCCCGUGUCACUUCCUCUGGCGAAUUGCUGGAACCGCCAGAUCCAUACGCCAAUCUCGAAUCCACUUCUUCUCAAGAUCAUUUCGUCACCCCACUCUCCUCACCUUCUCAACCACCUCCCGGUCCCGUUCCAGGAUCCUACUUUCCAGCUACAUCCUCCACUAUUCCACUGGUCUCGGCGACUCCUCCCCUUCCCUCAAAGGACCCAGAACCAGAUCGACCGAGAGCAGAGAUCGAGAUUGAGAUUCCCGUGGGGACGCCCAACGAACCAUUGUUCUCGGCGUAUCCUCAAGUCGACGAUGCAUCGACUGUCCUGGCUCAUAAAGCGAAAGCCUUCCAUAUCCCAAUACGGAGCUUGACACUCAGUCGACCGCCUAAACCCCGUAACAGCAAUGACUCGGCCGACGGACCAUCUGUACCCACGUCUCCACGUCUUGGUCACCGUCCUCGAGGUAGAAGAAGAGCCAGUACGGUUGGGUCAGCUCCGCAGGCACAAGCCAUCCCAACGACCGAUCGUCGGGGAUCUCAUGAUGAGACGGGGACGCCUGGCCGAGCUCUCGCCGCUCUAUACGCCAUCACCCCUUCCAAAUCGUUAAAACACUUUCGCAGCCGUAGAGCCUCUCUCAGCUCGGUCACAGACCUGUCAGAGUUUGCCAGACGAUAUCGAAACCGUCACCAUGCUGCAACGUCUGAAAGCGAUACGGAGGGACUUUCCCAGGCAUUCCCGUACCCUCCAGAUCGUUCGGGCAGUGUCCUCCAGCCGGAAACAACUCAGCCGGCGAUAUCACCUCGCAAAUCGUCUCUGGCUCGGAGUGUAGUCAACACUGCGCCCAGUCCAGCUCGUUCCGUCGAGGUCGUCGUUGCUGAAGAAAUCCCUCAUGGACCACCGCCACGUCGCUCUUCCCUCGUGGUCAACUUUGACAAGUCGUCGAUUGUCGCAGACAAUGAAAGAUUGCUGGCUGGAGCGAACGUCGUCACUGACGUCCACUCUGUGCUCUCCAGCUCGUUGACUAUGACCGAGACAUCCGCAUCGGUUUCGGCAGAAUGUCACACGUCCUCUGGGUCCACAGAUCCCCAUCCACUCUCGUCCACGAGCACAUCCCUAUCGCGUUCUGUCAAAUCAGGCAAGGAAGGCCCCGGUGGUGUUUCCGCCAUCAAGCUGCAAAAGUCCCUCGAGUGGGAAGCCAAGCAGACUCGCGCGCGAAGGAGGAUAGAGAGACGACGCAUGGUCCUCCUAGAAUUGGUCGAAACCGAGGUCGCCUACGCACAAGACCUCAAGACAUUGGUUCAUGUCUACUUGCCUCAGCUCUUUGCUCUGCCCGGUCUCAGCGAGAUCACCACGAGAGCCAUUGCCCGGAACUCGGAUCAGCUCUUGCGCUUCCACGAGGCGUUCAUGAGCCGAAUGGUUCUUGUGAUGGUUGAAGAAGGCAUGGUACCGACUGAUAUGGCUUUAGAGUCAGGGACAAAACUGGAAAAGGUCGCUCGGCGUUUGGCGUCCUUGUUCGUAGAUGAGGUCGCCGAAUUUUCCGCCUACAACGAGUACUGCGCGGGAUCCAUCAUGGCUGCUUCAUUGGUUCGACGAAUCUCCCUGCGCCCCGAUUACGAUGCGUUUGAGCGGCGAUGUCAAGUCAUCGCGGCGACGCUACCUCAUCGCACCCUUGCGGAUCUCAUGAUCGAAGCCACCUCCGCCAUUUCGCCUGUAUCUGCCCCAACAUCGCCUUAUGAGACUUCACUGCGCAAUCGCAAUCGCUUGCAUUUUCGAGACUUCCUCAUCAUGCCUAUUCAACGUGUCUGUCGGUAUCCCCUGCUGCUGAACCAGAUGCUAGGCGCGACAUCCUCGCCCGAGCGCGAUGAUUCGUCUAUCCAGAUAAACGGCGAGGGGAUCGAGGACAAGUACGACGUCGGCGUAGAUGUAGAGCGAGCUCUGGGAGCCAUGAAGGGCGUAGCGGAAGAAGCCGACGAAGCGAGGCGCCUCAAAGAUAUCGAAAUCAAGACGGCGACGAUUCUCGACAGGCUGGAGCCUCAUCCCGCCCUUUCAUCCUCGUUUCUCAAAACUCUCGGCAAAUGCCGAUUGGUCGGAUCGCUCGAUGUCCUCCAUCAUCAUCCUACCAUUGCACCAUUGAUGCCACCCGUCAAGGUCAAAUACCUCGGUGCGUUUCUCUAUCGAGGGUACUUGAUCCUUGCCAAGGUGAAAAGAGGCAAGACAUACGAAGUCAGGCAUUACCUCCCGCUCGAGGUGUUUGAGUUGAUCGACAUCGAAGAGGGCUUUCUACCGCAUUGCGUUCGGCUCAAUCUACGUGAUCACAACUUUGACCUCGCUGCUUCAUGUGAUGCCGAAAAAGAGGUGUGGAAAGCCGCCAUCACCGAGGCUCGAGACCAAUCUACCAUGCCCCCGUUUGAACUUCCCGCAUCCGUCUCGCCAUUCGCGGCACGGAAACGACGCAUGUCAGCUGCUUUGCCUCCCACGGACGCUUCAUCACCCGAAGCCGUCUCGCCAUCUCAAUCCAAGAGGCACACCAUCUUCGGCACCUUUGCUUCGAUGAGUGAUUUCGGAGUCGUCGACACCACGGCCACCGCUCCAAUAGACGACGUCCAGCCAUUCAUCACCCCCCAGUCCUCCCCCACACGAUCGUCCUUUGGCUUCACCCCGGACCAAGCGGGUCGACCUGGUCAACCCUCGACGAUCUUGCUCAAACGCGCCACUGCACCUCAGCGUGUCAUUGUCGAUAGAGGACUCGGCGACAUUAUCUCGGAGAGUUGCGCCACUGCUCGAAGCAAAGCUCAAUUACAUCAAGUCUUGUUCUUGCCUGAUAUGCCAGUGUCCGAGGUGCGAGACCGCAUGUCGAUCCGAGAUUCCACCUUGUUACGUCGCCGCCGAAGCUUUCUCGACUCUCAUGCAGCGACAUUCGAUAUUGCCUUUACGGGUGAGAUUCGAGGUUCCGUCAUACCCUCGAGACCAUCUCAUCGAUCUUCAUUCGAGACAGAACGCCCGAGGCAUGCACAUACGCGAGCGCAUUCGCAUGGCGGUUCUCACCGCAUGACGAAACCCUCUGGGGAUACAAUGACGGACCUUGAGACGCUCGAGACCCGUCAAGAGGAGAUGGAUGAAACGACUGCGUCGGAGAUGGGGACAUUGACACGGGAAGUCAACACGGCCAUAAUUAGUCGGACCAACUCUGUCGCUUCGUUCUAUGGUGCACCUCAGAUCUCUCCACCGAACUCGCAUCAUCCUUCCUUGUCCAACUUGAGACAAGCUGCAUUUGACUUUGUCGAAUCGCCUAUCAAGGUCUCUCCUACGCCUUGGGCGACAUUGAACAGGCGUCAGACGGCAUCUUCGUAUAAUCUCCACCAAAAGACGCCUGUGCCCCAUCGAGCCAUGUCGACACCCGUUUCGCCCGUGCUCAAAGCAAAGGAGAAGGAGCUCCCGCCACUGCCCGGCUCGAAAGAACUUCCGCGGGUCCCUCAAGGCCCUGCAGGCAUGCUACCACCGCCGUUCCUUCGCCGAGUCAUGAAAUCUGAUUCUGGCACGACAUCCCGGAGCAAUUCGAGCGAUAGCGCGCCGAGUUCUACGGGCUCAGGUUCUCAAGGUAGCAACGGCGGCGGGGAGAAAAAGGUCACGCAGGGAGGCGACGAAGACGAUAACAAACCUCUCGGAACGACGUGGCAGAACCUACGACGAUCCAUGUCUUUCCGACGCGAACGACCUACGUUCUCUCGUGAAUCUUCGGAUCGGGAUCGGGAUCGGGACGUGAUGGACAGUCCGCGAAGUAUGAAACUUUCCCUCCCGCUUUUCUCUCGACCUAGUAUCUCACGAGCGAGCAGUAGCGGAGUCGAUGGAGGUGGACCUGCAUCCGUCGCGGAUUCAGAAGAGGGUCUGGGCGGCGAAUCUGGUAUGCCCACAUUCAUGCAGGUUGGGAGUGGUGGCGAGAAGGGUGUUGGCGCUGGGGCUGCGUCGGGGGAGGACGACGAUGAUGCUGGGGAUGGAGGCGCAGCGGGUCUGAAGCGAAAGAAGAGCGCGAGGUUGUUUCAGACGCUCAGUCGGUUCACGCCGAUGUAG